CCAACACGUCUAGCCAGCACGAAGUGCCACGACUUCACAGCAGACCACGGAUUCUCCAGCGGAGUGAGGGGAAGAGCGUUGGGAGAAAGAAGGAAAAAAAGCUAGUUAGCUGUAUAAAUAGAUAGUUUUUGCACAGAAGUAAUUCCCGCUUACAGUUACAAGUCAAAGCGGCUUCCCCCCCCUCUCCAUUCCAUACAAGCAAGCAGACAUCACCGGCCCGGUCAACUAAAAUUGAAGAAUGGAUAUCUAUGACCCCCAGACCCUGGGGAUAAUGGUGUUUGGUGGAUUCAUGGUGAUCUCCGCUCUCGGGAUUGCUCUUGUGUCCACCUUCUCGAUGAAGGAGACUUCUUAUGAAGAAGCCCUGGCUAAACAACGCAGAGAGCUGGGUAAGAUACAGUCCGCCCGCUCUGACAAAAAGAAGAAGGACAAAGUAUCUGAGAAGAAGGGCCGUGGGAAGAAGAAAGAGGAGAAGCCAAAUGGGAAAAUCCCAGAGCCUGAUGAAAUUCAAGAGGAAGUUGAAGCUGACCUGGUCAUUGAGCCCGCUGCCGCCCCAGUUGUAGCAGCUGCCCCCGAACCAAAACCUGUCCCUGAUUUUGAUGUUAAGCCAAAUGCAGCAACAGCAGCUCCCGAGCUAACGACUGCUCCUGAACCAAGCCCUGCUGUUAUCGAGCCCUCGCCGGCACCCUCCCCAAAGGAGAAGAAGAAGAAGAAGGUGCCGAGGGUCGAGCCAGCCUCUUCCCAAACAGCCCCACUUGUGGUUGCCUCUGCAGCCGUCAAGUCCUCCUCGGUACCUGCGUCAAACCAGGCCCCCAUGUCUUCCCUGACUAAAGCAAACGCGCCCUCCUCGGCCCCAGCUAAGCCUGCAUCUGCCCCAGCUAAGCCUGCUCCAACCCCAGCCCCAGCUAAGACUGCAUCUGCCCCAGCUAAGCCUGCUCCAACCCCAGCCCCAGCUAAGACUGCAUCUGCCCCAGCAAAGUCUGCUCCUGCCCCCACAAAAACUGCUGCAGCCCCAGCCAAGACGGCCGCGGCCAAGGCUUCACCUGCUCCACCCAAGACUACCCCAGUACUGGAAGCUGUCACCAAAGCUGUCCCAGGGAUGGCGGUGCCCCCAGCUGUAUCUCAGCAGACCCCGGCUGUUGUAGUAAAGGUUCAGGAGCCCAAGAAGAAGGCCUCUAAGAAAAAGACUGAAGCUGUGGCAGCGGUGGAUUCUGCUGACGCUCCUCUGUACCUGCCCUACAAGGCUCUGGUGUCCUCCAUCAGUAGCAUGGUGUUCAGUGAGGUCGAGGCUCAUAGGCUCAUCGAGAUCCUGUCUGAGAAAGUUGGCAUCAUUCAGGAGACCUGGCACAAGGCCACUCGUAAAGAAGACCCUGUGGCCAUGCUGAAGAAACAACUGGAGGAAAGGGAGAAACAGCUGGCGGCAGAACAAGAGGAAUCUUCAGCGGCAAAGAAUCGCCAAAGAGAACUCGCCAAGGAGCUGUCUGCUGAGAAGUCAAAGGUGGCAAGUGUGGAGACAAGGCUGAGUUCCCAGCUGAGUAAGAGGGAGCAAGAAAUGAUUGCUCUGCAAGCACGCAUGCAGGCUAGUUACCAGGACCAUGUGGCACAGACCCAGGGCCUCAAUGCUAAGGUUGUCAGCCUACAGGACCAGUUGGAAAAAGGCCCCAAUGCCCAGCUAGCCCGUCUACAGCAGGAGAACUCUAUUCUCCGUGAUGCCCUCAACCAAGCCACCAGUCAGGCUGAGAGCAAGCAAAACGCAGAGCUGGCCAAGCUGCGUCAGGAAUGCACAAAGUUAACCAAAGAACUUGGAGAGAAGACGGAUGUUCUGCUUGCUGAUGAGCACAUCAGGAAAGGGCUAGAGGCCAAGCUCUCUGCUGUAGAGAAGCAGCUCUCCCUGCUGCAGGCCAGCCAUGGGGAAAAUGAGCAGGUCUUGCAGAGGAAAUUGGAGGAGGUGUGCGAGGAGCUCAGGGAAACACAGAGUCGAAACAACAGCCUGCAGGCUACGUUGGACAAAGCCCAGCAGGACAGCAGCGCGCUCUCAGAGUACCAAGUCCGCAUUGGGAGAUUGGAGGCUGAUAACAGCGAGCGCAGUGCUCGGGUGGAUGCACUCACUGCCCAGCUGCAGGAGGCGCAGGCGGAGAAAACCCAGCUCGAACAGCGGGUGGCCUCCAUCAACUCACUGCUAGAAGCCAAUCAGACCAAAAAGGAAGAGAAUGAUAACAACGUGGUGAAUGCUGGGGAAGUGGAACAGCUAAAUAUCAGCCUUCAGGAGAGAACCAACCAGUUAAACACCCUCCACGAGGAACUGAAGCAACUGCAAUUGAAACAGGAAGCUGCUGAGACCACUAUUGCCGAGCUAGAGCAAAGAAAUAAGAGCCUGACAGAGAAGGAUGCCCUUGUCACAUCACUACAAAAGGAGCUGAGAGAAGAGAAAGAAAAGACGUCUAUUGAUGCACAGAGCGCUACGGCAGAGCUGAUGGCUUUUAAAAGUGAAACCAAAGAAACUCUCCAGACACUCUUCCCACAGAUAGCGGUAGAAAUGGAGCAGUCCAACUGGUUACAAGUGUUCACACAGAAGGCUCAGGAGACGCUGAGCCAGCAGAUCCAGGAGUCUCAGUCGAGCACAUCAUUGCCUGAGUUGCUCGGGAAGUUGAAGGAGGCUGAGGAGGGCCAUGGCUCACUGCAGGCUGAAUGUGAACAGUACAGGAUAGUCCUGGCUGAGACGGAAGGAAUGUUGAAACAUCUUCAGAAGAGUGUGGAGGAAGAAGAACUAGUAUGGAAGUCCAAGAUAGCCAACUCGGAGGAACAGCUGAGUGCGGCUUUGGGGAAGGCCAGCAAGCUGGAGGCAGAAAAACAAAGUGCAGAGAAGUUGAAGGAGCAGGUGAUGCUUCUAGAAGCCCAACUGGAGAAGCAGUCGGAUGACCAGGCGAUGUCGGAGGAGAUUGAGAAGCUGAAGCUGCAGCUUUUGGAGGGUCAGAGCCAACUGGAUUCGGCCCAGAAGGAGGCCCAGGCACACAAGGAGGAGCUUGCACAGGUCAGAGAGCAGCUGGGCAAGAUCACGAUGCAGGCUCAGCGAGAACACAAUGGCCUAUCUGAGGCUCAACCCAGUCAGUUCCAGAACGAGUUGAGUCAGACAACCGAGAAGCUGCACGGGGAGGCGGCUCAGAGACGGCAGCUUUCUGAAGAAUUUGAGCAGGCCCAGAAGACUAUAACAGAACUUCAGGCCCAGUUGGAUCUUCUAAACGUUUCUGCGGAGGCACCACAAUCUGCCGCAGACGAUGUUCCACAGCUGAAGGAGCGCCUGGAGAAGGAGAAGAAGCUGUCCAAAGAUCUGGGCCAGGCGGCCACCAAGCUCCAGCAGCUACUAAAAGCUACUCAAGAGCAGCUGACCAAAGAGAGAGACACAGUGAGAACACUACAGGAGCAUCUUGAAGGAAAGGGAGAAUACGUGGAGCUGAAGGAAGGAACAUCCGUCUAAGAAGACCACCGCAGACAUGAAACUGCCAAAUAUGCCUUAUGAUUACCAUAGUUAUGCAUUCCAAGACUUUCUUAUACUGUAGUUGAUUGCAUUUGUUGCAACGGUAGGAAUCAAAUAUUUGAUCAUAUGAACAUAAGGGCAAUCUUGCUACAAUCUUUAUUGAAAACAUUCCAUAAAGAAUUCUGGCUAUGUCAGAAGUUAUUUAUCCCCCUGCCUUAUAUUCCAGAUAUUAACCCAUAGUUCAGUGUUAAAGGGAAACAGAUUGUGCGUCAAACGUACAUCAACCUGUGCAAUUACUUU